AUGCCUGAACUAUUUCAACAACCGUAUCGAGCAAUAUCACCUGCUGAUUUUUGGUCAAGAUGGCAUCAAAUAUUCAAAAAUACUUGGAUUGAACUUAUCUUUAAACCAAUAUCAAAAUUUAUUCUUUAUUAUUGGCCAUAUUCACCGAAAUUUAUUGUUAAUGGUAUUUCAUCAAUGUGUGUUUUCUUAUUUUCUGGUAUCAUACAUGAAUAUUAUAUUUAUGUAGCUUUUGAAAAAUUUACUGGUGAUCAAAUAAAAUUUUUCAUUCUUCAAGGUUUAGCUGUUUGUAUUGAAUAUAUAUUUAAACAUCAAUUUCAUCAAAUAUAUAUUCCCAAAUCAAUUGGUUUUUUAUUAACAUUUAUAUUUAAUGGUAUUACAGCUAGUUAUUUUAUGCAGCCAUGGAUAUCAUAUUUUGUUCAAAGACAAGCAUUUAAAUAUUCAUUAAUGAAUUUGAUUAUACGAAUAUUAUCUGAUAAAUAUUGA